AUGGCACAUUACGAUAUUCACAGUAAUGGAAUGACCAAUGGUGAUGGCUUCAGCAACGGUUUAAAUAGCGUAUUGCUGACGAACGGUCACACUCAAAAUCAUGAACAGACGGAGGUGAACAAGGCGCAGUGGGUGGCAAAACCGGGCCGAUUCAUUUGUCGUGGUAUUUACGAGGACGUGGUGCACUUGUACGCGGAGACUGGCCACUUGAUUUGGAUCGAACCUCAGUCAAGCAUUCGAGUUUUGUUCACCUACGGAGACACCAACUGUGACUUUUUAUGUUACCUCGAGCCGGAAGUUCCAGGUGUAUCUAUAACCAGUUUGGAAGAUGAAACAUUCAGUUCAGUCAAGAAGAACAGCAAAAUACAGCAUCGUAUUGAACCAUUCCAUUCGGGAUUAGCAGCUUCUUUGGGCGGAUCAACUGGACGUCGCUAUUCAUGUUUUCGUACUGUGCUCAACCCCUAUUCCUAUGCCAUUGACUCCAUCAAUGGGAAGUGUUUGAUUGAAUUGCGUGCACUGUCCCCAAACCAGUUGAACAAUGUGAAAGAGCCCAUUAUCAGACCAUUCAAGUUAAAUUUUCAAUUGGUCCUUUAA